AUGAUAUAAAUAUUAUUGUUGCUAGGAGUUGUUAUAGCUAAUAAUUUAAGAUUCAAAGCUAAAGGAACAAUACCUAAUCUAUGGAACAUUUAAGCAUCAAUAUGUAAUGGAGUAAUGUUUGAUGCUGGCAGUUCUGGUACUAGAGUUUAUGUCUAUUCAUGGAAUUGUAGAGAGACUUAAACUAUGCCCUAUGUUACACUAACUGAAAAAUCAAUUGAAAAGAAAGUAAAGCCAGGACUAGCAUCCUUUGCUUCUAAACUAAAUGAAAUUCCUAAUUAUCUCUAACCAUUAAUUGAUUUUGCAAUUACUAACAUUCCCAAAUCCAUGAUGGCCUAUACUCCAAUAAUGUUAGGUGCUACUGCUGGAAUGAGACUGUUGA